AUGAAUAUUGUGGAUGAUUUAUAUGAAAAGUUCAUGUUAUCCGGGAAUAAUUACAUGAAUAUGGUCAAACCCUGUUGGAAGCCAUCGGUGGAAGGCGAUGUACGGAAAACUGGAGAUCAAUCCGGAAGAACAGAUGGAUUGUUGUGGUACAAAGAUUUGGGGUCUCAUGUAAGUGGUGAAUUUUCGAUGGCUGUGAUUCAAGCAAACAACUUGUUAGAAGAUCAAAGCCAAGUCGAAUCAGGUCCAUUAAGUUCGAUGAACUCAGGCCCUUAUGGAACCUUCAUCGGAGUUUAUGAUGGACAUGGUGGACCUGAAACAUCAAGAUUCGUGAACGAAAACUUAUUCCCAAAUCUCAAGAAAUUUGCGUCUGAAGAUCAAGAAAUGUCUGCGAGUGUUAUCAAAAGGGCAUUUUUAGCAACAGAAGAGGAGUUUCUUUCUGUCGUAGGAGAACAAUGGCGGAUUUGUCCACAAAUAGCUUCAGUAGGAACGUGUUGUUUAGUGGGUGUGAUCAGCAAUGGGCUGGUGUACGUUGCUAAUGCUGGGGACUCACGAGUUGUGUUAGGGAAAGCUGAAAGAGGAGUUAGAGGUGUUUCUGCUAUACAAUUAUCAACUGAACAUAAUGCAAGUUUUGCUUCUGUAAGAGAUGAACUUCGAUCUUUGCAUCCUGAUGAUCCAAAGAUUGUUGUUCUCAAACAUAAUGUUUGGCGUGUUAAAGGUCUCAUACAGGUUUCAAGAUCCAUUGGGGACGCUUAUUUAAAAAAGGCGGAGUUCAAUAAAGAACCACUUUUAGCAAAAUUUAGGGUUGCACCAUUUUCAAAACAAAUCCUUAAUCCGGAUCCUUCAAUCUUCAUACACAAACUUAACCCUAGAGACCAAUUUCUCAUAUUUGCAUCCGAUGGUUUAUGGGAGCAUCUUAGCAAUGAAGAGGCCGUUGAUAUUGUUCAUAACUACCCACGUAGUGGGAUUGCAAGAAGACUUGUGAAGGCUGCACUUCAAAUAGCAGCAAAGAAAAGAGAAAUGAGAUAUUCGGACUUGAAGAAGAUCGAUAGAGGUGUUAGAAGACAUUUCCAUGAUGACAUCACUGUAGUUGUCAUGUUUUUAGACCCUCCGUUGACCAACAGAGGUUUGACUCGUGGGUUGCCUUUAUCUAUAAAAGGAGGUCAAGGUUUGCCACGUGUCAAUAAGUCGUAGCGUUGGAGUUUGAAGCAGCAGCUGCUUUUUGUUGAGUAAUGAGUAAUGUUUGUAAACUAAAGAGAAUGUAAUGUAUUAUUAUUCCAGAGUGUGCCACGUGGGUUUUUAAGAGGUUUAAAAUGAAUGAAUGAAUCAAAGUGUUAGAGGCAUCAUCGUCUUCAGAAAUCGAAGAUGGGAAAGUGGAAGAACAUCUCUUACGUCUUUAUAAAAAUCUUAUGAUAAUCUUUUAUUCUGGGU